CCAAUCGAGCGUAACGUGACAAUACGUUACUCCGUGACAGAGCAAGUCAUGCAAUCACUGCUAGACAUCGGCAGGAUUGUGAAGAAUGUGACGGACCCUGCUCGAUCCACAAUUGAAUCAGUCAAGAAAGGUCCUCGUGGUUUUAUAAACGAGUGCAAGAUAAUCACCAGGAACACAGAAGGAGAAGUGUGUCCCACAAGAAUCGAGUCUAUUGAUGUUAGAAUYAAAGAUGUGGAGGGCAACGAGGUGGAAAAGAAAAUGUCUGAAGAGCAAACUGGAAAAUACCGUGUGAGUUUUAAGCCACAAAAAAGUGGACGGCACGAAAUUCAGGUGAAUAUUGGAAGAGAAAAGAUCAAGAACUCGCCUCAGAAUGUAGAGAUACUCGAUGUGAAGGAGUUGUUCAAACCUGUGAAAACAUUUGGAGGACGUGGAAGUGGUAGAGGACAGUUGAAUUAUUCAUAUUCGAUAGCAGUCAGUGAUAAUGGAGAGAUAGCCAUUGCUGAUUGUAGAAAUCACCGUAUUCCAAUAUUCAGUCUUGAUGGAAACUAUUUAAGAGAGUUUGGCAGGAAAGGAACAGGAGAAGGUCAACUAUAUUAUCCAUUUGGAGUGGUGUUUAAUGAAAACAGAAUAAUUGUCAGUGAUGGUCCACAUGGUAAAGGCAGGUUACAAGAGUUUGACUUGAACGAUACUUAUGUAAGAACCAACUACAGACAUGACCAAUGGUUUGUACCGCGUGGAAUGUGUGUUAACGAUGAUAAAAACAUCGCAGUGUGCUGUUGGGGAAAACAAGAACUGGGUAUCAAACCAAGUAUCAAGGUGUUAAGUAAACAAGGAGAUUUAGUUCAUGAGUUUGAUAUGCCUGAUAAAACUGAACACCCUCGGUACAUCACCUAUGGUAACGGGAAAUACUUUGUAUCUUGUUUGGACAUAAAUUAUGUUAUUGUUUUUGAUGUGAAUGGAGUUUUCUUGUACAAGUUUGGAGAAGAGGGAGAAAGAGACGGUCAGUUUAAUGGUGUAGGUGGACUGGCUGUUUACGGUCCAGAAAUGAUUCUUGUCUGUGAUCGUUAUAAUAACCGUGUUCAACGUUUCACACAAGAAGGUCAGUUUAUAAGGUCAUUUGGUAGCCGUGGUUCAGGUGUUGGUCAGAUGUAUGGUCCUGUUGAUGUAGUAGUUACAGCUGAUUGUCGAGUGUUUGUGCUAGAAUGGUUGAGUAAUAGAGUUACUGUUUACUGGUAAUAGAUAUCAACCAUUGAACAAUUCUUUACAUUUAUAUCCCUCUCAUACAGUACAGUAUAACCCUAAUAACUCUUCCAUUAUGUUUUCCAUGAAAACUUUGAGAAAAACAUUGAUUUUGUCCUCAUUAUUGAUGAGUAAACUUGAAAUUAGUAUUACUUAGUUUGUAGAUUCUCUUUGUUUUUCCAAUUACAUUUAGAGAAAUUUGUUUCUUUUAUCAUUUUGAUGAGUUAAAAAAGUUAUUAAAUAAUUAAAUAAUAGUUAAAUAAUUCUGUAUCAGCUACUAUUGUGAUAUUAGUGUUAGCUAUAGCUAUUCAGUAUUGUCUCACCUUCAUAGCAUGGCAGGCCCUUUUAUUUAAAGUGCCGCUACGCAGGCUAAGCUAUUGUAUACUAGAUGAAGUGAUAUUGUAGACUUGAUGAAGUAAUGCCAAUCUUCGGGCUGUUUCAAAUCGGAAUUUUAAUCCGCUGACCAAAAGUAUGGCUGACGCUAUUCUUGCGUAAAACUAUAUAUCAUAUUACGAGAAGCGUGGUUUCGAAAUUCGACUUCUUCCAAACAAGAAGGGAUCGCUGAUCGUGAGGAAAUUAUUUACUUUAUUCGUGGAUGAUAUCAAAUGCAUGGUAUUUGUGUCUAAAUGAUUCAGAAAAUGAAGGAAUGACAAGGUCUAUAAACAUUGUCUGGGAAAGCGAAGACCUCAUUGGMAACAGUGACAGCGACGAAACUCUCGAUUGUGAGGGCGAAUAAUUAUAUAUAUAUAUAACAUAAAAAAUAAAUAAAUAAAAACUUUAACUUCUACUAACAAAUCAAUUUAUAUAUCAUACGAUUGUUUUUCUAUUUCUUAAGUGUAUCAUAUCAUUAACUUGGAUUUUAUUUACAUAUAAACAUGUACUAGUACA